GGCAACCUCAAUGUCUAUUUGCUGUUUUGUACGCAAUAAAAACUAUCCAAUUCCUUACUUUGCCAUUCUUGAUUGCUGAAUAAUUUAAGCCACUGAAAAUCCCAGCAAGUGAUUAUCACCUUAAUCUCGACCUAUCACUGAUACGUGCAUGUGAGUAUGACCCAAUAAGCGAGAAUCAAGUAGAAGUAGAUGCACCAAUGGUAAAUCUAAUCAAGCUAACAUUCUUUUGACCUACCAAUCAUUCAGUAUUCGUAUAUAAUUCGUUCAUUUUCGAGGUUUUUCACUUACUUUAAGCGCUUUCAGCAAUUUUUGUGUUGACGCUUGUUAGAAUGAGGUGGAAUUCAUUUUACGCAACCCGCCCAAAAGAGUUGGUUCCGGAGUUUAAGUACUUGGGGUAUAUCGUAAAAUUAGACGUCUUCUGUAAUCAUGGACGGUUAUAUACACGCUGGUCAAGUCCUUCCAGCCCAAACUAUUCUACAGCCGUUGCAACAGCCUUUGAUAAUGGAUGCAAACGGUGCUGCUCAACCAACUACAUUCGCCGUCCAGGCUAGUGAUGGUAGCUUAAUCCCAGUUCAACUAGCUACGUCUGCUGGUGGGGGUCAGGUUAUCAUGUUCCUUCCAAGUGCAGCUCAGCAAACAAUUUACACAACUCAGCCUAUAGUGUCUGCUGCAACCACUUCUUUGGACGCUAAUCUUACAUCGGCUCAAGGGCAGAUUAUAGGGACAACAGUUGAAGACGAAACUCACAUACUUCAACAAUUACAGCAGUCUUCGCAAGUCCAAGUUAUUCAUCAGACCCAGUCUGGAUUAUCUCAAGCCGUUUCAAACACUCAAGUUGUCCAAGUUUCUAGUCCGCAACCUGAAACUGCUAUCGGUCAGCAGGGAAUGUCCACACAAGCAUCCUCAACAAUAUCACCUGGUCUUACUCCUGGUGGUGAAGAACCUCUUUACGUUAAUGCUAAACAGUACCACAGGAUUCUAAAGCGUCGCCAAGCACGAGCGAAAUUAGAGGCACAAGGCCGCAUUCCGAAGGAAAGGCGGAAAUAUCUUCAUGAGUCCAGACAUAAGCAUGCUAUGAACCGCAUACGAAGCUCUGGUGGUCGGUUCUUUUCUGUACCGUCUUAUUCUGAUGCAAAUAACAGUACUGCCUCGACCUCUUCCAGCAAUUCAUCAGCGAUAACUUCCUUCCAAACAAAUGAGGAUUGUAAAACUAAGAUUUUGUCUAAUUGAUGUGAGUUCCUAUAUUCUCCGCAUGCUUGUCUGUAAAUAUUUAUUACGACUUCAAACUUUUUCCUAUAAAGUUGAAUCUUUUGUUUUAACUUUACUGUCUUCAUAUUUACGAUACUAAUGAUCUAAUUUACACAAAGAUAAAUACAUUCGUUUUUUUCUUUUCUAUUAAAAAAUAUUUUUCCAAA